GCUGUUCAGUUUCUUCGUAGCUUCGGUAUUGACCACAUCGCACUGGUACCGAGUUCCGCGUCGUUCGUUCGUUCGUUCGUUCUGCUCUCCUAUGUAGGUGCCGGACGUUCGUUCUCACACCAGCUUACCGAGUACUGAGUAGUGUUUCCCGAGUUCGCGUGUCGUCUACUAGCGCUUUUUCGUAGUAUUCAGUGUGGGAUAUUCCCGAUAGUUUUUGUACCAGUGACGACGGGCGUUAAUCGACUUCUGUGACGUGUCCCUGGAUGGCUAAUGGGAAGGAAAUGAGGCAAAAAUAGCAUCGUUUCUUUUGAUACUUAUUGCGGGAGACGGUGUCGCGUCUAAGCCAUAAUAAUAUAACACACAUCUGAAGGUAGUUUGAAGAAGAUUGUGAGAGAGAGCAGUUAUCAGCAGAAGAAGACAUCAUCGUUACCUGCAAAGAAGAGACUCGUCGCCGGCCUUAAAAAAGUUUGUUUACAGCGGUUUAUACUAGGAAUAAGGUGUGAAUAUUAGCAGUGAGAAUAACCCCAUAAGCAGUUAUAAGUGAGGAGUGUGGGAAUUUCGUCAUGCCGAAAUACUACAAGGUCGAGAUCAACAAAACGGAAUGGGAAGUGCCGGAAAAGUACCAGAUGCUGACCCCGGUAGGGAGUGGUGCCUAUGGGCAAGUUUGUUCGGCCACCGACAGCCAGCACAACGCCAAGGUGGCCAUCAAGAAGCUGGCGCGCCCAUUCCAGUCGGCGGUACACGCUAAGCGAACGUACCGCGAACUUCGCAUGCUGAAACACAUGAACCACGAGAACAUCAUCGGGCUGCUGGACGUGUUUCAUCCCGGUGGGAACACGCUGGACUCGUUCCAGCAGGUCUACAUGGUGACGCAUCUGAUGGGGGCCGACCUGAACAACAUCAUCCGAACGCAGCGCCUCUCCGACGACCAUGUGCAGUUUCUAGUCUACCAGAUAUUGCGUGGCCUUAAGUACAUUCACAGCGCCGGUAUUAUACACAGGGAUUUAAAGCCGUCCAACAUUGCCGUCAACGAAGAUUGCGAGCUUAAAAUUCUCGAUUUUGGUCUGGCCCGACCGACGGAGAACGAAAUGACCGGUUACGUGGCGACCCGGUGGUACCGGGCGCCGGAGAUCAUGCUCAACUGGAUGCACUACAACCAAACGGUGGACAUCUGGUCCGUCGGGUGCAUCAUGGCCGAACUGCUGACCAGCCGGACGCUCUUCCCCGGCACGGACCACAUCCAUCAAUUAAACCUAAUCAUGGAGAUUUUGGGAACACCAAACGAAGAAUUCAUGGCGAAAAUCUCCUCGGAAAGUGCAAGACACUACAUUCGAUCCCUACCGAAAACGGAGAAACGGAACUUUAGUGACGUCUUUCGAGGUGCCAACCCGUUGGCUAUCGAUUUGCUAGAGAAGAUGCUGGAACUGGACGCUGAUAAGCGUAUCACCGCCGAACAGGCGUUAGCUCAUCCAUAUUUGGAGAAAUACGCCGAUCCAACUGACGAACCAACAUCCUCGCUAUAUGAUCAAAGCUUUGAGGACAUGGAUUUGCCCGUGGAAAAAUGGAAAGAACUUGUUUUCCAAGAGGUCGUAAACUUCGUUCCCCAGCAGCAUGCGCACAUCGGUGGAGAUGCCCAGUGAAGAUGCAGCUUGCUCUAAACCCCUAAACACGACGGAAAAGUCAUUAUUACAAAUCUAGCUUCUAAUCAAAACACCUUACAAAGCAUAUAGCAGCGAAACAGUGAAUGGCGAUCGAUUAAUCUUGGUUAAGAAUACGUGGCAAAGUGCGUACAACUAAAUAUGUACAACAACACAAGAAAACAAAAAUAAAAAAACAAAACACAAGUCCUUUUUAUAAGUGUCCAAGGCAUGCGACAUCGUGAAAGACUCAACACACAUACACCCAGAUGAAAAUAUUUGUGAUUUGCAUUAUAAAUGGAAUGUGUCUCGUAUAUUGUGAGAAAUCAUUGGCAGGGAAUUAUUUCUAAAGUGUUUACUUUCACUAAAAAAAUAUGUAAGCUUUAAGGAGAUUGAAAUUGAAAAAAAAACAUAUAUUUUCCCUCUGGUUGUUAGGUAUAUUGUCGAAUUUUGAAUAAAAAUAUUCAUGCUGCGUGUA